CAGCGGGAUGAUGAACAUCAGUGAGCUCCCUCUGCAGCUCCUGCCCCCCAGGCCUUCGGAUCGUCUCCUGCAGCCGUUCUGGGAUUAUUUGCUUUUACACCACCUGCCUCUCAUCUCAUCUCCUUUUUUCCCCGUCCUACUCGCCUUCUCCAGCUAUUUCUUCUUCAGCGUACCUUUUGCUGCACUGGAUCUCUUGGGAGAAAGAGUGCCUUUGUUCUAUCAGUACAAGAUCCAACCAGACAGGCAGCCAACAGUGGGAAUGAUGGCUAAAAGCUUCAUGACAGCGCUGUAUAACCACAUAUUCUUUGUCCUGCCUGCUGUAAUAAUUGCCAUGUUCAUCCUGCCCACACCAACACUACCAAAGGAUGCUCCCUCUCUAUAUGAGGUAUUUGUUGGUGGGCUGGCUGUGCUUCUCCUCUUUGACACUCAGUACUAUAUUUGGCAUUUCAUACAUCACAAGCAUCCGCAGCUUUACCGGUGGAUCCAUGCGAUCCACCAUGAAUACAUGGCGCCUUUCUCUUGGUCGACCGAGCAGCUCAGCAUCCCAGAACUGAUGACUGUUGGAUUCUGGAGCAACCAGGACCCCAUUCUUUUAAAGUGCCACCCACUGACCACAUGGUGCAUCACGGUCUUCAGCAUCUGGAUGUCUGUGGAGGACCACAUAGGCUAUGACCUGCCGUGGACCCUCAACCACCUGGUGCCUUUUGGUCUGCUGGGCGGUGCGCCGGCUCAUGACAUGCAUCACCAGAAGCCGAGCAGUAACUACGCUCCUUUCUUCAGCCACUGGGACAGAAUCUUUGGCACAGCUGUUCCUCUGAAGAAAAAAACUAUAAGAUAAUAGCAAGUGAAUGCAAUUCUGUAAAUACUGCAUGCCUGGUGGUUUUUCUUCUUCUCCUUCAUGUCACAGUGUUAAAGCCAUGAUUAAUAUUUAAAAUCCU